AUGUCAUUUGGACGACCAGGAUUCACCGACGCUUUCAAGCCGAGCCCCCCUGCUCGAGGCUCCUUCCCUCUCGACCAUGACGGCGAAUGCAAGAGUGCCAUGAUUGCAUACAUGAAGUGCAUGAAGGAGAACGCCAAUGACAAUGGCAAGUGCCGCCUCCAAUCGAAAAAGUAUCUGGAAUGUCGAAUGGACAACGGCUUAAUGCAGAGAGAUAGCAUGGAGAACCUCGGAUUGGGUGAUGUGAGAGAUCCCGAGUCUCCUCCGCCCAAUCCAACGCACGUCCCACAAUCUCCUGUCCAGCCACCGCCCGCAUCACAAUCGCGGCAAGUUUGA